AUGUCUACAUAUCUAUUAUUUUCACCUUAAACGAAUCUAAAAAUAUUCGAACUUACUGAAUUGAAAUUAGAUUCAGAAAUUAGAGAAACUCAUUAUUAUCCUGAAAAAAGUAAGAAUGAUAGACCAUCUACAUAUCUUCUUAUCAACAAAUGUGUGAUUUCUUAAUAUAAAGAUAAGUUUAAAGGUAUUAAUAAAAAUAGCGAUGAUAGAAUUAGCAUAAAUAUUGCUAAAACAACUAGCAACACAGAGAACGCUAUCAAAAUAAAAAGAGGUUAUAUUAAAUAUUGA